AUGACGUGGCGGCGUCACAUGACCGUAGCAGCACAGCUGAGAGGAAAGCGUCAUGGCGGUGUAGAGCGGAUUACUCUCAAUGUUUACAUUCCAUUUACCGUCUCUAUUCUGAUUUUACCUCGGUUUUACCUCAACGGGACGCGUCUUCUGCGGCGAACGCGUGAAGCAGACUUUCUUUCUUUCUCCGAGCGCCGUCUCGACACACACAGACCGAUCCAGAUCCAGAUCCAGAAUCAGGUGGGUCGAGUGUUUGCUGUCUGUGGGACUGAGAUCCUCUCAAGGGUCAUGGUUGAAGAGGAGCAGCAGCGUUCGGAGGACGAGCAGGUCCCGUUCCCGCUGCUGCAGGGCGAGUGUGUGGAGCGUAUGGAGAAAGCAGAGGAGUCCAUCAUUGCCUUAACCAGCUACCGCCUUCACGUCAGACUACAGGAGAGCGUCAUCAACGUUCCUCUGCAGCUGAUUGAAAGUGUGGAGUGUGCAGAUCUGACACAGAUGCAGCUCACCUGUAAAGACUGUAAGCUCAUCAGGUGUAACUUCCUGUCGGCGGAGCAGUGUCAGGAUUGGCUGAGGAGGAUGAGUGCAGUUGUUCGACCGCCGGCGCGACUGGAGGAGCUCUUCGCCUUCAGCUUCCUCUCGUGCAGCGCUGAAGACAGAGAGGUGCAUGAUGGGAUCUGCUGUGCAGGUACUGCACAUUUGUGCUUUACAGGUUCUUGA